UCAUCCUGCAAAGUCACGUGACUUCCGUUUACACGUGAUAGCGGCUGGAAACACUAACGUCAGCAUGGCUACAGCACCGGAACCGGUUUUCUGGCUGGGUAACGACACCCUGCGAGUAUCAGCCGAGCUUUUCGCAGAAAACCGCCGGCGCCUCUGUAACGGACUGAGGGCCAAAGAGAACUUGGAGAGCAACUCGGUGGUGGUGCUGCAGGGCGGCGAGCAGCAACAGAGGCAUUGCACCGACACGGACGUGGUCUUCAGGCAGGAGUCGUUCUUCCAUUGGGCCUUUGGGGUGACUGAGUCUGACUGCUAUGGGGCCAUUCAAGUGGACUCGGGGAAGUCCAUCCUGUUUGUUCCAAAACUGCCUCCAAGCUACGCCACUUGGAUGGGAGAAAUCUUCUCCAAAGACCAUUUCAGGAAGAAGUAUGCUGUGGAUGAGGUGCACUAUACCUGUGAUAUUACUGAAUUCCUGCGUGACCUGAAACCAGCCGUCCUCCUCACAUUGCGAGGACAGAACACAGACAGUGGUAGCGUCAGCCGGGAAGCCUCCUUUGAAGGAAUUAGCCAAUUCCAAGUGAACAACACGUUGUUGCACCCAGUCAUUGUGGAAUGCCGCCUGAUUAAGACGGACAUGGAGCUUGAGGUCCUGAGGUACACCAACAAGGUGUCCAGCGAAGCCCACAAGAUCAUUAUGAAGAGUGUCAAACCUGGGCAGAAAGAAUACGAAAUGGAAAGCCUCUUCCAACACUACUGCUACACUAAAGGAGGCAUGCGGCACACUUCGUACACUUGUAUCUGCGGAACGGGAAACAAUUGCUCGGUUCUGCACUAUGGUCACGCUGGGGCUCCCAACGACAAAACCAUAAUGGAUGGCGACAUGUGUUUGUUCGACAUGGGCGGCGAGUACUACUGCUACUCGUCAGACAUCACAUGCUCCUUCCCUGCCAAUGGCAAGUUCACCGCCGACCAGAGGGCCAUCUACGAGGCUGUUCUUAAAGCUUCCAGAACAGUCAUGGUUGCCAUCAAACCAGGCGUGAAGUGGACCGACAUGCACCGUCUGGCUGACCGGGUCCACCUGGAGGAGCUGGUCAAAGUGGGCAUUCUUAAGGGCAGCGUGGAAGACAUGAUGAAAGUCCACCUUGGCUCUACUUUCAUGCCUCACGGUCUGGGCCACCUGCUGGGCAUCGACGUGCACGACGUGGGCGGCUACCCCGAGGGAGUGGAGCGCAUCGACCAGCCCGGACUGAAGAGUCUGCGCAUGGGCCGCCUGGUCCGGGAGCGCAUGGUGCUCACUGUGGAGCCCGGCAUCUACUUCAUCAACCAACUGCUGGAUGAAGCCCUGAAUGACCCCGCCAAGAGUUGCUUCAUCAAUAACCAAGUGCUCAGUCGCUUCAGAGGCUUUGGCGGGGUUCGCAUCGAGGAUGACAUCGCCGUCACCGCGGACGGCAUUGAGCUGCUUACCUGCGUCCCAAGGACCGUGGAGGAGAUCGAGUCCUUCAUGAACACCUCGGAAAAACCCUUCAGCCCACUCGUGUCCAGCCAAAAAUUUUGAUCAGCCUCAACGCUCAACACAUAUACAAAAUCAACCAACACAAGAAUCCAUCCUUGAUCAUGAUGUAGUUUAACAAAAACAACUGUAACAUAAAUCGACUUAGUACCUCAGAUGAUAGUUUUUUUUUAACUGAUCGAAGCAAAUUUUGUAAUAGGGAAUAAAGUGUGAUUUUUGCAAAUCUA